CCCUGCCUGUCUCUCGCUGUCUCGCUCUGUCUCUCCCUCGCACUCUAUCGUUCUCUCUCCGUUGUGUAACUGUGAGUCGGGCCAGGGGCGAGCUGUGUUUUGUUGUUAUUUGGCCAGAUGCGUGGGGCAGUAGUAGUAGCUGUCAGUGACCGAUCUCCUCUCCAUGGCCUGUCGUUCCCCCGGCUCUGGCUCCUACACUGUGGUUAUCAUCCCACUCAGGACCGGCCUCUACAGCCUGGAUGCACUUCGCUUCUACCUAUGGGUUAAGCGUCAGAAGGAUCUCGAGAAGGAGAAGGACGCUCUGUGCUGUGGCCUGGAGAUUCUGGAGAAGGCCCGUCUCUGGUACCUCCAGCGGCUGGAGGAGAACAGAGCCAUGCAGGACAGGGUGGAGGCCAGAACUGGGUUCAGCUCUGGCCAGGGAGGUGCAGCAGAGGCCCGGUCUUGCCUCCUCAGGUCUCGGAUCCAGCGGGUGAAUGGCUCUCUGGGUUCCGUGAUGUGUGAGCCGAACCUCACACAUCUGCAGGACGCGGUGGCUGUCAGCGAACUUCAGUGGCGCAACAUACUGCUGACUCAGGAGGUGAGCGACAAGAAUCGUCAGAUAUCCAUGUUAGAAUCUGAAAACGAUGCACUGGUGGAAAAGCUUGAUGAGCUGUAGGCCCACUGGUUGCCAGCACACAUGUUUAUACGUACCAGAGGACUUUAGCUAUAAUGCCAACUUUCAUUUAAUUUCAUGUCAAACAGUUGGUAAUGCUUGUAAAUAUGUAUUUAAUUAAUACAUUACGCUGAAGGAUGCAUCAUUUGCCUCUGUGGACUUGUCUUUUUUAAAUGAUUAGAAAAUAUUUUUAUUUAGACGUAAAUGCUGCUUUGUAUCAAUGGAGAAUCAAGUUACAUUUUCACAAUUUGAUUUUGUAACCACUGCUUUCCCCAUUUUUUCCCAUUCCAGUAUUUCAAAAUGAGAUAAUUUCAUAAUUGUUAAUCAACAUUCCAUACACUAAAUUACAUUAUAUUGUGUCGCAAAAUUGAACCUAUUUCUUUAAAAGAAAAUAUCCACUUGUACAGUGAAAUAUAAUUGCCAGCUUAAGCUGCAGUGUGCAGGGCACAAGCCUGCAUCAUUGUGUGUCCUGCUGUUCCGUUUCCGUCUCUGAAUGUGGGCUCUCUGUCUCGACACGUUGCAGCAAACUUUCCUGGUGGUCCACUGAUCUCACGCCAACUGAUAAACCUUAUCUGUCUAAGUCAUUGUGCAUGUCUGCAGCUAUUUUUCUCUCCUGCACUGCACAAAUCCGCAGCCUGAAACAUGCAAGACACAAAUGGCAGGCUUAAUAUAGAAAUCUAAUCCGUCUGACUGGCAGUUAGUCUCCUCAUGGUUACUCCAAGGUCCAUGGUGACGUUUUUUCCUGUCUGUUUGGAGGAGAUGUUGUUGGUCUGAGCUCUUGUGCCCGGCAAAAAGCUUCUAUAGAUUAAAGACUGCAAACUGUAAAGGCACAUUUUGGGGCAAAGGUUUUGACAGAUUCAUAAAAUUGAUCAAACACUGCUUUAAAACACUUAUAUAUCAUGCAUGAAUCGCAAUGCCUGCAAUAAAAACUGGAAGCUGAUUAGAAUCAGCCUUUGUGCUUCAGGGGCAAAAGCAUCCAUUAAGGCAAAGGCUUUCAUUUAAGUAGCUUCGUGGUCUCUGUCCUCAGAGUGGCACUGAACCAUCAAGCCCAGGGUACCAGCACUUGGCUAUUUAUUGGGUUCUAUUCACAUAUUGCUCAGACAAAGAUUUUUGUUGUGUCCCGCCUCUGUGGCUUUCAAUGCCUUUCUUCCAAAACGGCAAAGUACACUUAAGCUGCACCGUACUGGCCUCUCAAGACCUCUUUUACUUGGAAUGGUGUCCCCCUCCCCCCCAUACCCCCCCCCCCCCCCCCAAAAAAACAAAUUGUGGUUUGGUUAUUUAUGAAAAUCUUAAAUUGUGAGAUGUUUCCGUGCAGGUCAGCGGAGGUAGGAAGUAUAAACACACAAAUCUCCCCGAUAAGUGCAUUCCUUAAGCUAUUAGGGGAGAUAACUUCCUGAGAACCCGGAGAUCUACAGCAGGUGGUCUUUGAAGCCAGCUAAGCCUUCUGUGUUUGGAGGUGUCAUUUGUGUCCCUUAUGGGCUAUUUAGGUCUGCCUUUUCAUUUCAAUGUUCUCUUGGGCAAAACUGUCUUCUCCUGCAUGCAAUGUUUUUACUGUAAUCAAAAAUAAUAUCUUAUAUAUAAUUUCAGUCUGCUUUUCCCAGUGGGCCACCGCUGCUGCAUGGCCCUAUGCUGGACCUUUGGGAAUUAGUCAUCAUACUAAAAUAAUUCUUGUUAAUUUAACAAAAGAUAUAUAUCAUAAAAGUAUUUGUACAUGGCCCUACACAAUAUUAAUAUUGUUAUACAAUGUGGUAUUCUGCACUUGUCCACUGUCAUAAUAAAUAGCGAACAUAUAUACUGUCUAUUACUUUCAGUUUAAAUCUUGUUAACUUACAACCUACAAUUUUGAUUGCGGAACUUUGACUUAAAUCCAUCUUAACGUACUGCUUGCUCCCAUGGUAGCUCCUACAUAUAA